AUGGACUCGUCCAAGCGCGUUAUGGACGCUAAAGCGCCACGAAAAGAAGCGACAUCCGCGGAACUCAAGCGUCUAGCAAAAUUCUAUGCACCGGAUCGACCACCCCGUAAACGACUUCGUACUUUAUUGGAUUUUCUGAAACAUCCACCGGGAUCCGAAGGUUCUGGCUCAGGAGGUAAUAUUGCCGUCGCCAUGCAGUCCUUAUUAUCAGGUACAUCCUCAAAAGAGAGUCAUAGUGGGACCAAUAAUGCCGGCAUGGAACACGCAGCGGCCGUGGCGGAAUUUUGGGCCGAAAUGACCAAUAGCGCGCUUGUAUUUGGAGUCGUGAGUGAUUGUAUCACAGAUUUAGAGACUUUAUACGCACCCCAUGAAACAGCAUUUCGGAAACAACGUCGUAAACCUCUUGAAGCGGAAGAUUGGAGUGAGGUUUUUGAAGGAUUAGAGGUUUUAUUACGGAACAAUGCCAUGCGGUUGCGCGAAGGUUGGAAUAACAAUGGCCUCACCGUCCUAUUUGCUAAGUUGCUCAAACGGGAUAAUCAUGCGAUGAUUAAAAAAUAUGCAUUUCGAUGCCUUGCAUUGUAUACGGAUGCUACUCGAAAUUUACCACAAUUGGCUGCUAUGCCAUCAACAAGUACGUUGAGUUUUCAAGCGUCAAGGGCAGGAAGUAUUCGACUUUUAAGUGAUGGCAUUGAAAUUGAGAUUGAUCAAGAGGAUGAAGAAACGGCGGCAUUGGCUCAUGUGAUGCCGAAUAAAAAAAAUACGCAUUUGGAAUUAUUACGUGAAAGUGUCGACUUUUCACCGUAUGGUGGAGGCAGUAUUAUGCUGCCCGAUAAGUUUUUAAAUGAAGGUGUUCAUGUUGAAGGGUGGAUGCGACCGAUGCCUACACAAGCAGAGGAACCAGUCGAUAUGCUCAAGUUUUUAAUGGAUUUGAGCUUGGAGAGAGACGAUUUGCAUGGAAAACUAGCACCUUUGGCUCCAGCAGGAAAAGUCUCGAGUGGCAAUAGUGAUCGAUUUAUUUUCUGGGCAGAACUGAUUAUGAAGUUUUAUAUGCCAUUGUUAUACCCCAAAGUAUGUUUAAAGGUGAAAUUGAAAGAAGAAGGAGAUACGUUGGGAUUUUAUCAUCAUUGUCCAGGCAGUUUUCAACGAGUUGUUGCACGAUGGGUGUACAAACUACGGUCGAAGGAAGAGUAUAUGGAAGUAUUGUGGUCACGACGUGAGUUUUCCGAGGUUGUCAUGGAAACGAUUCGUCAGCGUUUUGCGUACCGAGAUACAGAGCUGGUGGGGGAUGCCAUUAAGUUCUACUCUGGUAUUUGUACUGGAACACAGCAUGUUCCGUCGGGUAUGAAGACACAAAUGAAUGAGGUCUCUCGCGCCAUGAUCUCACACGUCUCACAACUUUUCCAUCCAUCCGUGCAGCUAGAAGAUUCCAAGAUUUUGCUGCAUUGUAUCGAGCUAUUGGAACUCGUAUCCCAGCGGCGACUUGAUGAUUACACGUCCACCUACCUGCGCAAAUUUGUGCUAUCGACAGUUGAUAACUGUAUCAUGCUACGCGAUCCAGGAAACCGCCCGGUGCUCACUGCAAUGCUGUCAAUUGUGUUGCAUGUUUGGAUGCACUCUGCAGUAGUUACGAAGGCUAUAGGUGCACAAGUCUGGAUGGAACUAACUGUUGCCAUUCGGCGGUGGAUUGCCAAUCCUGCAGACUCGAAAGCCGUGGGGGCCGAAAUGAUUAACUGUUGGAAGCGUGAGCUUAGGUUCACGAGUUGUUUGCUCAUGUAUGUCAUGGACAAAGGGUACUCGUACCUGAAAGUCACACCGGAAGGAGCGUUGCUACUGCCUCAGUAUGACGCAGGAGGAAAGAAUGAAAAGAUACCAGGGAGCGGAAAAACCUUGCGGGAGCUAAAGCAGGGAUAUCUGCAGUCGUCAGCCAACUUUUUGAUGAUGACAGUGGUAGAUGUAGUCGAUGCAACGCUGCUACUGGACCGUGUUUUACAUCUUAUCCCGCCUCCAACAGUGUCGGCCCUGACGCCAUCGAUGCAUUUAAAUUUAACGGAAGGUAUGUUACAGCUUGUGGAACUCUGGAUUGAAUCAGCUAUUGGGGCACGACGUAACCAGCCUUCGGAACUGCAGCAAAUUAGUCCAUCCACGGUUCUCGCAUUGUUCGGUGAGUGGUUCUUGCCUGCAUGCGAGUUGGAUGCUGGAGAUUUCCAGAAUUCGCGCUGCAUUGCCAUUGUGGCACUGUGCAAGCUCUGCUCCGUGCGCUGUGUUAACAUGAUUACUCGCAGUCAUCUCACAGUUGUUGCACGUGUCCUAUUUAAGGGUAUUACCUCUCCAUCAGGAGUGGUUGUUUCUACUGUGAUUCAAAAGUCAUCAGUGUUGUUCUCUAUGAAUCUCGAAGGCCUCAACAUCCUCGUGCCCGCUUAUUUGUACGCUGUUGAUCAAAUUAUAAUUGGCAACAUCUGGAAUCGGGCUGCAAAGUCGAAUGCAAAGUCAUCGGAAUGGAAUAAUGAGCUCAAUGCAGCGCUUGAUGUUGUUUUUGCCAUUUUGGAAUUGCCUAAGAGAUUUCCAAAUCAGGAUUUUGUGCGAUGGAAACAAAAAAUUCAGGGUGUUUGCGGCAAUGAUGAUCUUGCUUUAAUGCAAAAUAUUAUCGAAGAAAUUCCAGAGACGUUGGAUGAUUUCCACGUGAUCAUUGGGCGCAUUCUUGUUCGAAUCGCCCAGCUUCCGUUUACCGAUAUCGUUAACAUUAAGAAACGUGCGCUAUGGGGGCUCUAUUGCCUUGUCGUGAUGAAUUUGAAGUCAGACAAGACUGGAGAACACAUAGUGGACCCGAUUCAUCUCUCGGAGUGGAUUGUCCAUCUCGUGGACGUAUGCCAAAACGUGGAUUUCUCUAUAUCUACAACGGCGCUUACUAUUCUGCAGGACAUGUCUGACUAUCACGAGGAGAUCAAUGCGUUUGAGCCGUCCUUGGUGGCGCGAAUUGUAAUGACGCUGGCAGUGUUCGCGCAGCAACAGGUUGAAGAAGCCUCUAUUGAAGUGCAGUCUGCAAUGGAGCGCAUGGGUGCAGCUGAUACCUCAAGUGACAACGACAGCUCGACAACUACGUCUGCCUCAUUUACUGGAACGAGUGGGGCAAAUGUUUCAGCUAAUGGAGCUGCGCGCCGGGGAAGCGACAAUCUUAGGGCUAACCGAGGAGAAAGCUCAAGUUCUGGUAAUUCUGGGGAAGCUACGGAUGCUUUCAGCAAGCUGAAAAGCAAGCUGAAAUCCGGGGUCCAAAGUGCCCCUUCAUCUGCGCCUUCCCCUAUAACGAAUAGCCUUGCCAAUGCUCGAUCAACUCUGCUGGCUACUCAACGAGAGCAGGACAUUCCGGCUCUUCGUCUGAUUGUACAGAAAACCAGUGCAAUAUUUGAGUGUCUUCGUUUCUGGAUCAUGCAUCGAACCGAGGUACUUCAGGAUACGGAUGUGAAGAAAUUGAUUUUUAGUGCGAUCGAAGCAGCCUUGGUGGGCACACUGCCCGAUGGUGAAUGGCAGCGUGAGGUAGAGCGCGCGCGUACACUUGCAAGGCGUAUGUCGAUGCCUUUGUUGUUUUUGGGUUUGCAAAUGCGCGCGUCGCUUGACAAUGAGCCGGGCCAUGCAUGGUUGAAAUGCUUCGAAGAGACUGCAGUAGCUGCAGAGGGACUAUUGAUGCACUUGCUUCACCAUAUCAAUGGGUUCCCGUCUCCAGCAGGCGUUGACCAGAUGAUGUCUGAUUGCUCCGAGCUGUCCGAAUUGAAUGCUAAGCGUGAUAGUGGCGAUAAUGAGCCGCCACCUGGUGCCUUGAGUUUUGUGUUCAUGGACUCGAUCGUGUUCAGUGUUGUUGGAAGUCUUGACUCUCCAUGCGCGCGGUUUAUUGUACGAGACAUGACCGGCCUGUUCACGUGGGAGAUCACACCAGCCGUCAUGGUCCGCGAUGCUCAUUCCCUAACGGGCUGGGUUGGAGGAGAUUCAGUUGCAAAUAGCAAUGCCAACGGCAAUAGUGCACCUGGAGAAAGAGAGCUGACGCUGGAAACGGAUAUGCUGGAUACGAAAUCGUUGACGCUGCACAGACCUACUGGUGCUGUGCAGGUGGAAUUUAAGCGCACCGACGACGAUGGCGGGACAUGCAAAACAUGUGGUGGAGAAAAGCCUCGGAUAAAAGUUGCUCCAGUUGACACGAAGAAUGCGCGUAGUUCCGUCAAGCUUGAGGCCCGCCAGGUCUCUUGGGAGCAUGAGCGAGAUGUUCUUUCCAACAAUGUAUGCCCAGUCAAGAGUAGUUAUGUAUUUCAUGAAGACGGAAACACUUCCACAGGUGCAGGUAUCAAAGAAAACGGCGAUCUAAAGAAGAAAGACAAAUCGCGAUCAUCUGAGAUCGAAAACAUGCCGACAGGGGGAAAUAAAGACGAUCGACAAGAGCGACUGGAGCGCAUUGCAAAGCAGCACGAGGAACGCAAUAACACGGGUGGUGCUGCACAGCCUGUACCAGAAGUACAAAAGGUAGUGUGUCAUUGCCCGCCACAAACUGAGUCGAAGUUCAAGCGUCGCACCACAACUACUAUCUGUGGUCUCUUCGACAUGUCGAUUAAUGAGUCGAAUGUUGGCAGUUUGGACGACGAACGAUGUCUGCUGGAUCUUGUGCUGGAUAGUAUCCCAAUGGUGUUUCGCGAUUGUGGUGGUGAUACGACUGACAAGACCCUACUUGGUGGACGUUAUUCGAUGAUGCGGUACAACCUGAUGGACUUGUCACCUUCUUCGAGCCCUCUUCUUAUGGACUCGGCUGAAGCUCCUGGAUUUUCAUUUUUGCAACGGCUUAUUCAUGAUGAAGAGUGCUAUUCACAGCUAAAGAAUUUCUUGACAAUGAACGAUAACGCUGAAGGAAAAGAGCUUGUGGACUUUUGUGAUGCCGUUAAGAAGUACGAACGCGCAUCGGUUCCAUCCGACCGCCUGGGUCAGGCUUGUGCCAUCUACUGGGAAUUCUUGACCGUCGAAGGAGGCAAGAAAAUUGUUUUUCCUACCGCUGUCGCGACAGACAUUCAAGCCCAAAUUCAUCAGGCACAAGCGGCUCUCCGAGCAGUGGCAGCAGAACCUGCGGGAGAGUCGUCUGAACCUACAUUCUUCCUCCCUGGUUCGCUGUUUGAGCGCGCGAUGACAUUUGUUGAGUAUGAAGGAUUUAGCAAGUCGGGCUUGUUAGAUAAGUACGUGGCAGCACUGGAUCAACCACCUGCAGCUUCAGCGACAGCAGGUAACGGUAAGAACCCCAGCACACCAUCGAUCCCACCCCAACUCGCUCUUUUCGACGCAUUUUCGAUUACGGAAGUUAAUGCCCGAGUAUCCCAUUUGGCUUUACAGAAGCGUAAUGCGGAUGAGCAAUUGUUGCGGAUGACAAAGCCUGGUGUGACAGCAGCCGAGCGCUUGAUUGAAUUCUCAAAUGGUAGCCUGAAGGACCGUCGCGUGAGUGCCCUCGAUAUUUGUCGGUUGUUUCUGUCGCAAGCAGGACUGUUGCCAUCUCCCGGUGGGGAUUCGAAGAAAAAAUCGACGCUUAGGCUGCUUGAGCAUGGAUCAAAGCUAGAGCGAUCGUUGAAGCACUUGGACAAGAGUCCAACACGUGAAACCAUGAAGAUAGGUGUCAUUUAUGUGGGCAAAAAUCAACACACUCAACAGGAAAUUCUUCAUAAUGAGAAGGGUAGCCGUGGCUACGAGCUGUUCGUGUCGCAACUUGGCUGGAAGGUGGAUAUGCUGACUCACCGUGGUUUUGUGGGUGGCCUAGAUACAAACCCGAAAAGCUUGUCGAACGGAAAAACAACACUGUAUUAUGCGAGCUCUCACAGUGAGGUGAUGUAUCACGUAGUGACAAUGAUGCCUACGAAGUCGUCAGAUCCACAGCAAAUUGACAAGAAACGGCAUGUGGGUAAUGACUAUGUGCACAUUGUCUGGAGCGACAAUGCAAACCAGAGCUAUGAUCCAUCAACCAUUACAAGCCACUUCAACGACGUGCAAAUUGUAAUCUAUCCCCUUCGAAAGGCGCAGCGCGGCUUAUUCCUGGUCAAGAUACACACCAAGGAUAAAGUGCCUCUUUUCGGACCUCUGCAAUCUGGCAUGGUGAUUCACCAAGUUGAUCUUGCGCGGCUGGUUCGCCAGACGGCCAUGAACGCUAACCGAGUGUGUCGUUCACAGACAAUGUUGUAUGUGCGACCAUACCCAACGCGGAAAAAGCUGGUGGAUGAAAUUGUCGAACGGUAUGCCGUCGAGUACAAGGAGAGCCAACUUCUAACAAUGUUGUUUGGCAACUCCACAUCGACUACGGCUUCAGUACCGAUCCCAUCAGGUGGUGGCGAAUAG